AUGAUAUUUUCCUCAAAACGAAGUAAUACACGAAGACGAACGCCCAGUGUCGAAGCAUGUGUUUCCAUAUUAGGUUUGUUUGUAGCUAUUGGACUUAUUGGUGGAGUUGCUGCACUCAUUUAUGUAAAAGGCAGUCUAACUGGAACGAUUGGUGGUGGCAUUGUUUUUGGUGUGUCGGCAAUUUUUAGUAUUAUUCUUGUUUUAGUUGUUAAAGGUUGUUUAAAAAAUAAUAAUGUUGAUUCAAAUACAAACGAAACACAUUCUUCUGCAGAUGAACAUCAAUUUAAACGAAAUCGUCAAGUAGAACAUGAACAAGUUUCUUCACAUGAAAUAACUGUUAGUUCUGAAAUGCAUAAAUAUGAUCAACAACAACGGCAACAUCCUUAUGAUACAAAUACUCGUUCACAACUUGUUUAUACAGAUAGAUUAACAGAUAGUACAAAUCAGGGUUAUGGUAAACAAAUACAAAAUUCGUCAACAAAAGUUUCUUCUAUUGACUAUUUAAAUCAAAGUAAUCAUUCAAUUAAUCAUCAAAAUCAUAAGUCAUCAAUGGAUUCGGAUAAGAAAUAA